AUGCGCUGUGCUCUCCACGGAUCCGACGUUGGCGUCGUUGACUGGCACAAGAAACUUGUAGCAGUUCUGAAUACGGAGAAUGGGUCCAUUCCGUGGAGGUACAUUUUCGACCCCGAGGGCCGGAUAGCAGGCUUCUACAAGAGGAAGGACUGCGUUGCGGUUCUGUCUAGUCCAGGAGGGGCAACUCUUCGAACAUAUAAUGCUUUACAUGGUCAUUUAAUUGCUGAGAAGCAGCUCCACGCCCCUCAACUUCCCGUUUUAUCCGAGCCACGCUACCUGGGCAAACUUGUAGCGUUCAAAGUCAAGGGUUACUUAUGUCCUUGUCAACGGUUAUACGGUUCGCGGCAUUGA